UAUAAAACCCUCCCCACCUUACCUUCGCUCCUAUAUAUGUUUCUUUUCAAAAAGAUACUAUAGCAAGUGCUCAAUAUUCGAGAGCGACAGAGGCGGAACCAUCUUCAAGACGUCAAGUGCUCUCUGUAAUUCACCAAAAUGGGCAAGGUAGCUGGUGCUUUCAUCUGCAUAUUGAUCGUGGGAUUGGAUGUUGUGGCCGGUAUUCUGGGUAUUGAAGCCGAAGUUGAAGAAAACAAGGUGAAGCACCUGAGGCUGUGGAUAUUCGAGUGUCGACAACCAAGCAAACAGGCAUUGAAGCUAGGGUUAGCAGCAGCAGGAGUUCUGGCUAUAGCCCAUGUCAUAGCAAACUUGCUUGGUGGCUGCAAUUGCAUUUGCUCUCAGGAAGAGUUCGCAAAGGCUUCCCCUAGCAGGAAACUCUCAGUGGCAUGCUUCGUUUUCACUUGGAUAAUAUUUGCUGCCGGAUUGGGCAUGCUGGUGAUUGGGACAUGGUCAAAUCACAAGUCCAACGCUUCUUGCGGUUUCACACACCAUCAUUUUCUGUCCAUUGGUGGGAUUUUGUGUUUUGUUCAUGCUCUGUUUAGUAUUGCAUAUUACGUUUCUACCGUUGCUAUAGUUAGUGUAUAAGACGACUGUAUUUAAUAUUACUCAUUUACUAAUCCGUAUCUUUCGUGCUAUAUUCUGACUUCUAA